AUGCCUUUUUUGGGUUCACCUUUGGCUUUCACUUUGGUUUACAUAUGGUCACGAAGAAAUCCUUUCAUUAGAUUAAAUUUUGUGGGUCUAUUUGUAUUCAGUGCUCCAUUUCUUCCUUGGGUAUUACUAGGUUUUUCUCUGUUAUUGAACAAUGUAUUUCCUACGGGUGAUAUGAUGGGAAUUGCUGUUGGUCAUGUUUAUUACUUUUUCGAAGAUGUAUGGCCAAAUGAGAGAAAUAGUGGUGGACGUCGAUUAUUGAAAACUCCUCAAAUAAUUGCACGAAUGUUCGAAGGAAUUCAAGAUGGUCCUCAUAUACCACCACAAGAUGAUCUUGCUUUUGCUGAUGGAUUAGGUGAACAAGGCAUGGAUCAAGUUCAAAAUGAAGGUGUCGUUCCUGUAACAUAA